CACACACACACACACACACACACACACACACACCCAGGGAGGCGGGACUAUCCUGCAGUCAGCCGUCAAACAGAGUUGAGCGUCAACAAACUAAGUGUCCAGAGGACCGCUGCUGUCGAUGUUUUCCAGGAUUUGUUUUUCUGUUUUCUCCUUUUCUUCACUUUUAUCACUGACUAAACAACAAACAUCCCGUGGUCCUCUUCUGUCUGCUGUUCUUAACAUGGAAACAACUCAGUGAACCAAAUCUCAUGCAUGUGUUUUAGAGGCACUGAAACCUGCACAGUUAUCCAAAUAUAUAACGCGUGUGAAUGAGGCCCAGGAUGCAGAGGAUGUUCACAGAGUUUCCUUCAGCCGACUGGAUCCACACAAAGAUAAGACACCGGGGGAAAGUUUUGAACAGUUUCUAAAGCUCGCUGUCUUGCUGUCCACUGGAGGACUCCUCGGUGUGGAGGAGGAGGAGGAAGAGGAGGAGGAAGAGGAGAAGAAGGAGGAGGCUGGGCCGACAUGAGGCUGUGUAACCGGGGGAUGAUGAUGCUUCUGACCACGGCGGGUGCUUUCUGUGCCUUCAGCCUCAUGACCAUCGCCGUGGGCACGGACUACUGGUUGUACUCCCGCGGGAUGUGCCGCUCCAAGAGCCAGGGAGACAACGAGACCGUCCGCAAGAACGAGGAGGUUCUGACCCAUUCGGGUCUGUGGAGGACCUGCUGCACUGAGGGAACAUUUCGAGGUGUUUGCAAAGACAUUGAUCACUUUGCUGAGGAUGCAGACUACGAGCAGGAUGCUGCAGAGUAUUUACUACGAGCAGUACGAGCCUCCAGCCUCUUCCCCAUCCUCAGUGUGGGAUUAUUAUUUCUUGGAGGUGUGUGCGUAGCUGCCAGCGAGUUCUACAAGUCACGCUACAAUGUCAUCCUCAGCGCUGGUAUACUCUUUGUCUCUGCAGGUCUCAGUAACAUCAUUGGGAUCAUUGUGUACAUAUCAGCCAACUCAGGUGACCCUAGCCAGAGUGACAACAAGAAGAGCUACUCCUAUGGCUGGUCUUUUUACUUUGGCGCUCUGUCCUUCGUUCUGGCUGAGAUGGUGGGUGUCCUGGCAGUGCACGUGUUCAUAGAAAAACACAGACAGCUGCGCACUAAAGGCCGACCUUCCCUCAUAAAGCCGCCCAUCUCUCACAGCUCAUCUUACUACCGCAACCGCUACUACCAGAACCGCAGCCGUCGAUACAGCUACAGGAGCAACCACAGUGUGGGGGACUCAACCUCACAUUCCUUUCGAGCAUCCUUGAUGCGAGACCGAGAGCCGUCCAUCUGCACUGAAUCCAAACUCAUGGCAGGUUUGCCAACAUCAGUGACGGAUGGCUCAGAGUUCAUGCUCUACACCUUAGCCUCACCUCUUAAAGACGGUAAGAUUGACAUGGCUGAAGAUGAUUUAACUACUGAAGUUGCUCACAACAACACAGAGAUACUGCCUGGAAACUGUGCUGCCAACAGAAGGACCACGCCGGUCUGAGAGGAGAGUUACAGGAGGGAGGAUGCACUGUGAUUAAACACAAGAAGGACUUGUGUGAGAGGAGAACAUUAAAAAAAGAGGAAAUCCUUUCUGCCUUUCUUAGUGGAGAAAGAGAAAAGACUUUAGAGACAAGAAUAGUUGUGCAUCUGUAGACAAAAUGUCAAGAAAAAGUGAAUAAAUCAAAAUCACAUUUUUCCAGAGAGCUCAACGUGACAUGUCUAAAUUGCUUGUUUUGUUUGACCAACAGUCCAAAACCCAGAGAUAUUCAAUUUACAAUGAUAUAAAUGACGCAAGACUUAAUGUUUAGAAAGCUGAAAAGUGUUGAUUAUAAUCAAUUAUCAAAGAGGUUGCAGAUUAUUUUCAUCAGUCAACUAAUUGAUUAAUCUAUGAAGUUGUCCAGGUCUUCUUCUCUUGAGGAAGAUUAAAUUUGAGGCAACUGGACUCGGCUCUCUAUCUGUGAAGACAUUUCACUUCUCAUCCCAGAUGCUUCUUCAGUUCUGAUUAACUGGUGGGAAUAUCUUAAAGGGAUCGUUAAUCAGGCCAAUAUCCAAUGCAGUGAGGAGUGCACAGGCCGAUACAUUGGUGAAACCAAAGAGCCGCUUAACAAUGCGUGGCUCAACACAGGGCUUACACUCUUUUAGUGACAAUGAUGUUCACAUUUUGGAUAGGGAGGCUCUCUAUGUAAAAGUAGAGAAACCAUCCCUCAACAAAGGAGGAGGGCUCAGACACCACUUAUCCCCAUUAUGUCUAUUAAUAACUGUUGUUUGAACCAGAUUUCAGGUUACAUUAACAUCUGUUGUCCACACCAGAUCUCAGUUGAUGUUAACAACUUAGACAACAGUCGCCACGAGGACAAGGAGCACCAACAAACCAACUAGAGACAAUGGCCUGGUUCAUUAUCCUAACAAGGCUAUAUACCUGGGUUUCCAUACCCGUCAGUCAGAACUGAAGAAGCUUCUUGGAUGAUAGGUGAAACAUCUUCAUGCAGUCCAAUUGCCUCAGAUUGAACCCUUCUCAAAACUUGCUGGUGACAAGCUCUAAGAAAAUGAAAUGGAGUUAACAAGAACACAAUUGUGAGUUCUAAUAUUUCUGUGCUCCUCUUUUUUGUUGUUCUACUAUCCUAUUACAGUAGCACAUCUACAGUAUAUCUGUAGUGUGUGUGAAGAAGUGUAUAGUAAUAGGAAUAUGUGUAUGAGACAGGCAGUCAUGCAGAGAGAGACAGAAAAUAAGAAACCACACACAGAAAUACAACACACACAAGCACAUGUACACACACAUCUGGGAAUGACAUAGUUAACUGUGUCCUGUUCCUGUCCUGCUUUUUGUGGACCUAAACUCAAAAUCGAAACCCCAUUAAACACAUUAGAACUUUCUAUAACUGUCUCCCACUCACUGUGUCUAUUUGUGUGUCUCUGUGUGUAUAAGUGUAGCAAAAAGGCUUUGCCCUCAUGGUAAUGUCACUGAGUCUCUGUUUACAUCAAAU